CUCUCGGUGCUCAGCGAGUGGGAGGUUAACCAGCGCGCAUCAUCACACGAUCCAUACCUGCACCUUCCAGGCGUUAAACAGCACGCGCGCUACGGUUUUUCUUUUUCUUUUUUUUUACCGCCAUGAUGAUGAUGAUGAUGCUUGUCGUGCUGGGCUCCGGAGUCGUGGCGUUGAUUCUGAGGCUGAUGUCGCCUCGCAUCAGGAAAUAUGCAGCAGGUAGUGUGUGCAUAUCCACAGCACGUCUGGACGGGAAGACAGCGCUGAUUACAGGAGCGAACACGGGAAUCGGGAAAGAAACAGCACUGGACCUGGCAGCGCGGGGUGCACGGGUGAUUUUGGCCUGUCGGGAUGUGGAGAAAGGUGAGGAGGCGGCGGAGAUUCGAACGCGUGUGGGUGGGGCACAGGUGGAGGUGCGAGAACUCGACCUGGCGGAUACAUAUUCAAUACGAGCAUUUGCACAGAAAUUCCUCAGAGAGGUGAGCCACCUGCACAUCUUGAUCAACAACGCCGGAGUGAUGAUGUGUCCUUACAUGAAGACUGCAGACGGAUUCGAGAUGCACCUGGGAGUCAAUCACCUCGGUCACUUCCUGUUAACGUUCCUGCUGAUCGGCGUGUUGAAGCGUAGCGCGCCGUCCCGCAUCAUCGUCGUCUCAUCAUUGGCCCAUUAUUUUGGCUGGAUCCGAUUCCACGACCUGCACAGUCAGGGGAGCUACAACAGUGGCCUGGCCUACUGCCAGAGCAAACUGGCUAACGUGCUGUUCACCAGGGAGCUGGCGCGCAAGUUAACAGGGCUGAACGUGACCGUGAACUCGGUGCACCCAGGGACAGUGAUGUCCGAUUUGGUGCGUCAUUCCACAUUGAUGUCUCUGGGGUUCGCAUUGUUCUCCAUGUUCCUGAAAACACCACGGGAGGGAGCACAGACCUCCAUCUACUGCACAGUGGCUGAGGAACUGCAUUCCAUCACGGGAAAGCACUUUAGUGACUGUGCUCCAGCCUCCGUGGCUCCUCAGGGCCGAUGCGACGAAACCUCUCGGAGGCUGUGGGAAGUCAGCUGCGAGCUCCUCGGUAUCGAAUGGGACUGAGAUCGCUCUUCUCUUCAUCACAGACUCGCCAUCACGACCCGUCACUCGGACGACAAAUCCAUUCUGUUCUACCAAUUUGCCAAACAUACUUGCCACCGUUUUAAGCUUGUUUAAGAAACUGGACCCGGGAUCCCAGUGUCACUACAUUUGUACAUCGCCGUAGUGCGUGCAAAAAAGUUUAAUUUCUUUGUUAGGAAUUUUAACCCUAACCCUUGUCAUGCACAUUUCACCUCCUCCCACUGCAGCUGCCAGGAAUUGUACUGUUUUUAUACAGAAGUAGACAUGUUUUUUACUACUGUUACAUUCAUGAUAAGAGAAUUUAAAUAUAUACAUAUAAAAUGUUGAAUAAUUAUUAUAGUUACGUUUUCCUACUUGUCUUAUAUAAAAGAGUCACAUGGCGACCAAAUGUGGUCUGAUCACGUUGUACUAUUUUCCUAACAAUUUGAAAGAUUUUUUUUUUAGCUGUUUUCAGUUGAUUGACACUUUCUGGUAUUGUAAUUGUGGGGACUGGAUAUUGUCCAAAGCCUAUUAAUGUAACAAAAUUGCUUGCUGUUGUCUGAUAUGGAGAGAUAAACCGAGAAGAGCAGAUGCAUUUGUACAGGUCGGGACAUGGUGUUUUUCAUUAGGCGUUUUCCCAUUUUGGGGUCCAAACACUUUACAGGAUACUUAUUCUUAACUUUUUAUCUUUUUCUGUAAUGUCUUGUUCUUGACUGGAUAGACAUCAACCCAAGGCAAACAGACAUAUAUAUAUAUAUAUAUAUAUAUA